UGCUGAGGCAAAUAACCGGCAAAAAUCGCAUUGAAUGUUACAUCAGAAAAAUUCUUGCGGACUAAAAUUACUCCCAAUAAUGGCUCUUUCUUUACGAUCUGCAUCAAGACUUUCUUCAAAGGUUAAUUUGGCAAGAAAAUCUGCUUGUAUUGCUUUGGCUGGGCCAAUUAAAAUGGUCAGACCUAUCAUAUUUUGAAUUGAAAUUAUUUCAUUGAAAGUUAAGCACUGCAUUUCAAGACAGAGAAAGUUCUUCCAAGAUGUAUGUCAUCUUUGCCGGAUAUAAUGUCUGAUAAUCUUAAGUUCACAAAACGUUCAACGCUGAAAGACAAACCUACGGAUGUCAGCAAUAUUGAAUUUGGUACAGUGUUCACUGAUCAUAUGUUAACAGUACGGUGGUCAUCACGUGGUUGGGAAAACCCAGAGAUCAAACCUUAUGGAGAUAUCACGUUAAGCCCUGCUGCUAAAGUCUUUCAUUAUGCUGUUGAGGGUUUUGAAGGUAUGAAAGCGUAUUUUAAUUCGUCUGAUGGCAGUAUAAGAUUGUUUCGACCAAUGGAUAAUAUGAGGAGACUUCAAAGAACCGCUGAGAGACUGCGUUUACCGAAUUUUGAUGGGGACGAGUUCUUGAAAUGUAUAGUAGAGUUAAUAAAGAUAGAUAAAGAUUGGGUUCCUAAAGAAGAUAGUUGUUCUUUAUAUAUUCGACCAACGUUUAUUGCUACAGGGCCCACACUAGGAGUAAGCGAAGGAAACGAGGCGUUAUUAUAUUGUAUUCUAUCACCAGUUGGACCAUAUUUCAAGACUGGUUCAUUCAAACCGGUGUCUUUAAUGGCUGACGCAAGAUUUGUGCGUUCAUGGCACGGUGGUUCUGGUGAUAGUAAAGCUGGAGGGAACUAUGCUCCUACUCUAUUUGCUCAGGCAGAGGCCGUGAAGAAAAAUUGUGAACAAGUUCUCUGGCUUUUUGGUGACGAUGAACAAAUAACAGAAGUUGGUACGAUGAAUUUAUUCAUCUUUCUCGAAAAUGAGAAUGGAGAGAAAGAGCUUGUUACACCUCCCUUGGAUGGUCUUAUUUUGCCCGGAGUUACACGAAUGGCUAUGCUCGAUCUUGCCCAGCAGUGGGAUGAAUUCAAGGUUUCCGAGAGACGUUACACAAUGAAUGAUUUGAGGAAAGCCCUCAAAGAGGAAAGGGUCAAAGAGGUUUUUGGUGCUGGUACAGCAUGUGUUAUUUGUCCUGUUAAAGACAUUCUAUAUAAAAACGAGGUUCUUCACAUACCAACCAUGGAAAAUGGACCAAAAAUUGCCAAGAAAUUUUACGACGAAUUAACAGGAAUACAGUAUGGAAGGAUUCCAAGUCCAUGGUCUGUGCUUGUGACAAAUUAGCCACAGACGCAGUGUCGAUCCGAUGCCUCUAUUCAUAUCUGAACGAAAUAAUCAUGUUCCGAAUUCUGGUGUCGUUAAAAGCGAAAACUUCAGUUUAUAUCUCAAUACAAAUAGCAGGUUAACUAUAGCGAUAUGCCUCUCAGAAAAAAUUAGAUCAAGCUGGAUGAAUCAGUGCCACCUCGAUUUUUAGUUCAUAUUGCACUUCAUUAUUCUUAUUCAAUAUUCAGUUCACUUCAAAAUACAGUUAUGUAUUGAGAACAGAUUGACAAGAGAACAUCGCUAAAAUAAGCAAAAUGUAUAAUUAUAGCAAGCAAAAUGUAUAAUUAUAAACUUAUUUACUAAAAAUAUUUUGGCACCAAGUAUAAAAUAGUAAUUAUAAUCCAAAAUAUCGUCGUAUAGGUGGUGUGCAAGUAUCUCAUGGGACGUAUAAGACAAAGGGAUUUUCGCCAUGUAAGAUGACAUUUGAAUUGCAAAAGAGGAAAAUCCUUUGUUAAAAUCAUCCAACAUGGCGACAAUGACGAAACGUGAACACCACCUAUAUAUAAAAUAUC